CGCCGGUGGGCACGGACGGGCGGACUGAGGGGCCGCGCUGAGGCGGCCGACGGUCACCACAGCCUGGGGAUCACCACAGGCCGACGGUCACCUCAGGCUGACGGUGUCAUCACAGGCUGAGGGUCACUGCAGGGGUGAGGGUCACCGCAGAGCGAGGGUCGCCGCAGGCUGAGGCCAAACCGCCGCCAUGUUCUACUACCCCAAUGUCCUGCAGCGCCACACGGGCUGUUUUGCCACCAUUUGGCUGGCAGCCACCGGGGGUACCCGGCUGGCGAAGAGAGAUUACAUGAAGGUGGACGUGGCCGGGACUUGCAAAGAGGUCCUGCAGUAUGUCCUGGUCCAGGUGCCGCCCCCGCAGCCGGACGCCCCCCGGCCCCGCUUCUCCCUCUACCUCUCCGCCCAGCUCCAGUACGGCAUCAUCCGCGUCUACUUCCGCCAGUGCCAGUACCUCGUGGAGGACAUCCAGCACAUCUUAGAUCGUCUGCACCGGGCCCAGCAGCAAGUCCGCAUCGACAUGGUGGAGCUGGAACAACCCGGCCUGUUGCUGCCCGACCCGCUGGCCGCGAUGGAGGCCCUGGAGGCCGCCCCGGACCCGUACUUCGGCGUGAUGACCGUCGACCCCGAGCUCCCCGGCCCCUACGACAUCCCCCAGGUCCGCCAUCUCCUAGAGGUCCCGGCCCUGGAGUGGCCCGCUCCGAGCCCGGUCCGCAAGCCACCCAAGGUCCCAGUCACCACCGUGACCCCCGAGGCCAUCACCCUCCGGGAGAUGGAGUUGAUCCGGGUGCUGCCCAUUGAGGACGAGCGGGAGCUUCCGGAGAUUUCCUACGCCGACCUCGACCUGCUUCUGGCCGAGGAAGGGGAGCCGGUCCUGGCCAGAGAGAGGCCCCCGCCGCGUCGGGAGCGCCCCAGGGUGCCGCCCCCUCGGCUCCCCGAAGAGCCCGAGGAGGAGGAGCUGCGGAGACUUGAGGAGGAACGGCCCCCCAGGCUCAUCCCUCCAUCUCCACCCCGGUUGAGGGAAGAGCCGGAACGGCCCCCCGAAGUCCCUCUGGAGCCCGAGGCACCCAAGCUGCUCCCACCCGAAGCCUACCCACCACCGCCAGAGGUGACGCCCCCGGAGAUUCUGCCGCUGCCCCCGGUCUUCGUCCCACGCGAGGAGCGGGUCGUGCGCAGCCCCGAGCUGGAGCUGCCGGAGGCCGUGGCCCCCGUGCCCCGCGCCCGCCCCCGCCGCCAGCUCCAGUUCUCUGACGUGGAGACUCAGAUCCCCCGGGACGAGUUCCAGAGACAGAUCCGGGAGACCCGGGCCCACACCCGGGAUCCCACCCUGGUGAAGCCCCCGCAGCGGCAGGGGAGGACCCCCGCGGACCUGCUGGGAGCCCCCACCUACGCCAAAUGGCUGCCCCCCGAGGUGCUCGCCCUGUGGACUCACUGUGCCCGGCCACCCCUUCGCCCGCGGGAGCCGGCUCCGCCCCGGGUGCCCGAGGAGGAGGAGGAGGAAGAGAGGAGGAAGGCCGAAUCCAUCAGCGAAGUGGAGGCCAUGCGGGAGGCCCUGGAGCCCAGUGGUCCCCUGCUAGUGUCUGCAGAACUGUCUCUGGAGGCCCUGGAGGAGGAGCGGCUCCGGCCCAGCCUCAUCCCCCCGGAGGAGCCGUGGAGGAUCCCCGAGAGGGAGGAGCCGGCGCUGCCCGCGGUGCCCGAGCUGCCCGAGCUGCCCCCGGAGCUGCCCCCGGAGCUGCCCCCGGAGCUGGAGCUCCUGACGCAGGAGGCCCUACUCAGGAUGGUGAGCACGGAGCUGAGGACGACGGGCCAGAUGGGCUUCCAAAACCUGGUGCCCCCGUUCGCUUCCCGGCUGGCGGCCGCGCACGUCUUCAACUUGCUUUUAGUGCUGGCCAGCCGGCGGAUUCUGCGUGUGGAACAGCUGGAGCCGUUCGGGCCCCUCUUCAUCCGGCCGGGGCCCCUCUUCCCCCUGGCCCCGGACAAGUAG